CCAUAACCUAACCCUGCAUAAAUCCAAAGGUUUAUCCCUGUUCCACGUUCAUUGAAAAACAUUAAUCCGGAAAAGCACUGAGUGGGGCGUCAGCUUCAGCUUUAAUGAAAUCUGGACUGAUCCAUUUAACCAGUAACAUUGGAAAUGCAUGCCAUUGAUCUUGGUGUACAGAUUGUAGGUACUAUUGUAGUGUACACCUGGUGAACUUGCCGGUGGAGCUUUGGAACUUGUUUACCUCAGCUGCCAAGUUGAAGGUUACAAACGAAUCAAUCCAACAUUCAGAAACUAAAUCAAAUAACACGCCGCUUUUCUCGGUCGAAUCUUGAGCUUCCUACUCUCCCUAUAUCCUCUAUCCUCUUUCCAAAAUGGCGCAAGUCAUAUCCAAUUCUGGCCACGAUGACAUGAUUCAUGAUGCUGUUCUCGACUACUAUGGCCGGCGGCUUGCAACCUGUUCCUCGGACAAGACGAUCAAGAUAUUCGAGAUCGAAGGCGAAACUCAACGGUUAACGGAGACAUUAAAAGGUCACGAAGGCGCCGUGUGGUGUGUUUCGUGGGCGCAUCCUAAGUACGGCAACAUUCUCGCCUCGGCAGGUUACGACGGCAAGGUCUUUAUUUGGCGCGAACAAUCGAAUCAAUGGCAGAGAAUCUUCGAUUUCUCCCUCCACAAGGCCUCGGUGAACAUGGUCGCAUGGUCACCACACGAAUCGGGCUGUCUUCUCGCAUGCGCGUCGUCUGACGGAAAUGUGUCCGUUCUCGAAUUUAAGGACAACAACUUUUCCCACGUUUCCUUCCCGGCGCACGGCCUUGGCGUCAACUCAGUUUCCUGGGCACCUGCCACGACGCCUGGUAGCAUCGUUUCUUCUGCACCCCCCGGCCCGGGUGCUCUUGGUCAACGCCGUUUCGUUACGGGAGGCUGUGAUAAUGUGCUUAAGCUGUGGGCCUACGAUCCUGCAACCCAAAGCUACAAGCAGGAGAGGGAGCCACUGGCAGGGCACACAGACUGGGUACGAGAUGUAGCAUGGAGCCCGACGGUACUGCAGAAGAGCUAUAUUGCGUCGGCAUCACAAGAUAAGACCGUACGAAUUUGGACGAGCGAUAACGCAAGCCAGGGCCAGUGGUCGUCCAAGGUCCUAAACUUCGAUGCGGAGAUGUGGCGGGUAAGCUGGAGCCUUAGCGGGAACGUGUUGGCUGUUAGUGGUGGCGACAACAAGGUCUCAUUAUGGAAGGAGAACCUCCGAGGAGAGUGGGAGUGCGUCAAGACAAUGGAGGAAUAAUGAUGACCGCACCCAUAGGAUGAGAGGAUGGAUUAUGGUGAUGGUGAUAAGUCGAGGAUGAUUGUCAUGAAGCCCGGCGUUCAGAUGUAGAAGGGGGCAUUGAUUUGGCAGGACUGUUGGUCACUAAAAAGCAGGUCUACUUGCCUUCUGUGGCGGCCCCUAAAACAUACAUUGGAGAUAAAAUAUGAUAUUUUUUACAACAAUUGUUGAGAUGGUAAUGCGAGUUCUACUUUACGAGUAUGAUGGUGUGGGUUGUUACCAAGGAGAUAUGUGUAUUUGAAUUCUUGGUCUAUACCUAUAGGUUUAGAGGAUUUCGUCUUAUUGUUUGUUCGUACUAGGAACAACUUUGACGUGCAGUUUAUACAUAACUUAUGGUAUGUAUAGGUAUCUAUGGUUAGCCCUAUUUAAAAGGGGACAACUACUAUCAAUACUGAUUAUUAGAAUAUCCUCCUCUG